AUGGAGUCUUCUUUAUCAUUGCUCUCAGACAACAGUAGUACCACGACUGUAGAUCGUUAUGAUCCAAUUUAUCAAAAGAUCUGCAUGGUAUAUUCUCGCGCUGGUGACACGAUUUUGACAAAACGUGAAUUCCAGGAGUGUUGUGAAGAAGUAACUAUGUCCAAAGCAUCAAUUGAGCAUGAUGGUGUAUACCAGCUGAUUUUGGGCGAAUACUAUGUUUGGGAAAAGCACCAAAGUGGUGACGUUUGGUGUGGAGUUGUUACGCAUCAAUUCCCAGUAACAGAAUUUGACCAGUGGUUUAUCAAUUUGAUGUUGUCACUGUCCAAAAUCGCUUAUAAAAAUACUCCUGGAAAUGUAUGCAACGAAAUCACUGAUUUGUUUGCUCAAAUAUUGAAACAUAACGUCGAGGAAGAUAUGUGGGAAAGUGUUGGUAAACAGAAAUUUAAACAAAAUGUUGAUUUUUUCACCACGAAAUCACAACCAAUCGAAGCAGUCCUACCAGGAUUUCCUUGCAAGUCUUCAAAUCAUGAAAAAGUCUUUAGUGAAUUACCUGAUAAAGGUGAAGAGUUGGCUCUCAGGAGAUUGAUUUAUUUCGCACGCGAAGUUAAAAAAGUAUAUCCUCCGGGAAUAAUAAUAUGGAUUGUUAGUGACGGCCACGUGUUUAGCGAUUGCAUCGCUGUGGAUGACUUGAAAGUCAACAGAUAUUCAUCUGCUUUAAGACAAUUGUACAGACAAAUUAGUAGCAAUGGUGGGAUUGAGGGUCCGAGCGAGCUUGACGAUUGUAUCAAAUUUUGUUCUUUGCCGGAGAUUUUCAAUUUAAAAGCUUCAUUCAAUUGCGAAAUUGUUGAGCAUGUUGAGUUGGGUCAUUAUUUAGAUACCGAGCUUGACGCAGAAUCAGAGCUUUGCCGUAAAAUCUUGAUGAACUCGUGCGACACCGAUAAUGGUAAAUUGGCUGCCGAGGUGAAAACACCGGGUCAUCCGAGACUAUCCUUGUAUCGAGGAUUCUCCAAGUUUAUGACUGAAGACUUGCAGUUUCAUCCAAAGGUGGGCAGCUGGACAAGAAAGAAAUUUAAAAAAAUUGCUUCACAAGUAGCAUUCGAGAUGAUUAAACGUAAUGACGCGUAUUCCAACUUGGUUGAAUUGAUGUUUCCCUUCCACUUGAGGUUUUCCAUUCAUGCACACAAUAAUGCUGGUCCAAAAUUUGGUAUUUCAUUGCUCCGUGGCCAAUGUUAUCCAAUCAACAGCAUUCAAGACCACAGAACCCCAAUCCAUACAGACUUGUUGCAUAUCCCAACCCCAUGGCACAAUUCUGUAGUCAAGAUCAAUGAACUGUAUUAUGCUAUAAAGGCGGAAAAAGUUGAAGACGAAUUUGCAAAAGGUAGCGGGUAUGGUCAGUGGGAUCCACAAAAUCUCCACUAUAUUUACUUUUCACAAUGA